AUGUUAUUGAAGCAUCAUCAUAAAUUUCUACUAUCUUCAUCAUCAUCAGUAGCAUCACUAAUCAUACUCAAACAACAACUUAAAACAGGAGGUUCAUAUACUACUACAACCACUACUACAACUACUACUACAACUACAACUACAACUACAAAACACAGCUAUUCGACAGCAACAGCAAGAACUAGACCACCACUUACUGCUGGGUUUCCAAUGUUUUCAUCAGUUUACAACUACUUUUUCAACAACAACUCAUCUUCAACUUCAUUAGACGCUUCACAACAUCAACAACAACAACAGCUGAGAUCAUAUUCCACAAAUAACCCUAAUGUAUCUUUAGACUACAUCAGCACUUUCCACCCUAGAUUAUCCACCAUUUUCCACCAACUAGAUGCUAUUGCUCCUAGAUUCUUGUUAAAUAAAGGUGAUAUUGAAAUAUUAUCAGAACCAGCCCAUUUUUACUCAACAUUGAAAACCAAAAUAUCACAAGCUAAAAAAAGAGUAUAUUUAUCUUCAUUAUACAUUGGUAAAUCUCAAUAUGAACUAGUACAAUGUCUUGAUGACGCUUUAGCCAAUAAUCCCGAUUUGAAGAUUUAUUUAUUAACUGACGUGUUGCGAGCUACUAGAGAGGCUCCUCAUGAUGUUUGCUCAGCAUCGUUAUUAGCACCAUUGGAACAAAAGUAUGGUAAGCAUCGAGUAGAUAUCAGAAUGUAUCACACUCCUAAUUUAACUGGAUUAACUAAAAAAUUGGCACCAAAACGAUUAGAUGAAGGUUGGGGAGUCCAACAUAUGAAAUUGUAUGGGUUUGACGAUGAAAUUAUUCUUUCAGGGGCUAAUUUAUCGCAAGAUUAUUUCACCAACAGACAAGAUCGCUAUUAUUUAUUCAAAAGCAAACCCAUCACUGACUACUAUUUCCGUCUUCAUCAAGCAAUUGCAUCGAUCUCGUAUCAAAUACGCCACACGACUCAAUUAACACAAGGUUUCAAAUUGAUUUGGCCAACUACUAAUGCAUCUUGUGAACCACAUAUAAACACCCAUCGGUUUCUCAGUGAUGCGUCUCAUUUGUUACUGCCCAUUUUAAAACAACAUGAACUAACGUCAUUUGAUGAAUUUAAAGAUCAUGAAAAUUUUGAUACAAUUGUGUAUCCUGUAUCACAAUUCACGCCACUUUUUUUACCCAACCAAGAUUUAUCGACUGAAAAACCAGCCAUUUUACGAUUAUUAUCCUAUAUUGAUUCACCCAAGAUUAAAUGGUGGUUUACUGCUGGUUAUUUCAAUAUGUUGCCGCAAAUUCAGGAUAGAUUAUUAAACAGUAGUGCUCAAGGAUCAGUCAUUACUGCGUCCCCAAAAGCCAAUUCAUUUUAUAAAUCAUCCGGAUUAUCCUAUUACUUGCCCGAAGCGUAUCUUUUAUUCGCCAAGAGGUUCCUCGAACUGGUGAAGAAACUAGGUAAAGAAACAUUGAUCACGGUGUAUGAAUGGCAGAAUGGAGUAGUCAAUACUCCUGGUGGCUGGACAUACCAUGCCAAAGGGUUAUGGAUUAGUGUACCCGAGGAACAAGAACCUAGUAUAACUGUAAUUGGAUCGUCAAAUUACACCAAACGGGCAUACAGUUCCGAUUUGGAAAGUAAUGCCAUUAUCAUCACUAAAGAUGCUGACUUGAAACGACAAAUGAGACAGGAAAUUGACCAUUUGAUGGAACAUGUAUCAGAAUUGACCUUGGACGAUUUCCAGCCAAAACCAAUCUUGAUGGGAGAUCCAACAAAGAGUGGCAUUGUGAUUCAGGAUAUAAAUGAUGAGAAAUUACUGGGUAAUGGAAAUGAGAAACAAAAUGGUCAACAACAACAACAACAACAACAACAACAACAUCCAAAAUAUGCUGUUGAUGAAGAUAGAAGGAUCAGUUAUAGAGUUCAUUUGGCGGUUAAGCUACUUGGUGAAAAGUUGUAA